CCAUAAAAAUCCCCCUUCUCUCUUUCUCUCUCUCUCUCUCUCCCCAUGGCGGCCCUAACCCGCCUCAUGAAAACCAAAACCCUCUCUUCUACAUCCGUCCGUACGCUUACAGCUCUGAUUUCCGAAACUGACGUCGGUUUCCCCUCAUCCCUCUCUCACAACUCCUUCCCACUCAGUAGACACUCCAAGGACAGAAACGUCCAAUGGGUUUUCCUCGGCUGCCCGGGCGUUGGCAAGGGAACCUACGCCAGCCGUUUAUCUCACCUCCUCGGUGUGCCCCACAUCGCCACCGGUGAUCUCGUCCGUGACGAGCUUUCCAGCUCUGGCCCACUCUCUCAUCAGCUUUCAGAGGUUGUAAAUCAAGGGAAACUGGUUUCAGAUGAAAUUAUAAUAAGUCUAUUGUCCAAACGCCUUGAAAGUGGAGAAGCUCAGGGCGAAUCAGGAUUCAUUCUUGAUGGUUUUCCACGGACUAUUAGUCAAGCGGAGAUAUUGGAGGGAGUGACUGAUAUUGACCUGGUGGUUAACCUAAAACUCAGAGAAGACAUAUUGCUUGAGAAGUGCCUUGGAAGGAGGAUUUGCAGCCAAUGUGGGGGAAACUUCAACAUUGCAUCGAUCAACAUCAAGGGUGAGAAUGGGAUGCCUGGAAUAUUCAUGGCUCCACUUCUCCCUCCUGUACAUUGCACGUCAAAGCUCAUCACUCGAUCUGAUGAUACUGAAGCAGUCGUAAAAGAACGACUCCGUAUAUACAAUGAAACGAGUCGGCCUGUGGAGGAGUUCUAUCGUAGCCGGGGCAAAUUACUAGAGUUUGAUUUGCCGGGAGGAAUCCCAGAGUCCUGGCCAAAGCUACUGCAGGCACUGAAUCUCGAAGAUCAUGAUGACAAGCAGUCUGCAGCUGCAUGAGUUUUAUUGAUAAGAAAAGGUGAGUCAUUCUUUGCAUGUGUGAGAUGUACGUGCAUGUCAAAUAUUAAACAUUUUUUUCUAAAAUAAAAGCCCGAGUUCCAGCUACUGUCCGAUGAAGUUAGGUCAGUUGUCUACUUGGGCUUUUGGAGUCGAGGUGCAAAAUGUCGUUGUAUUGGGAAAUUAACUGCUUAUUGUUAUGUUUGCAUGUUUCGAGGAUGGUUAGGGGCCUGAAAAGGAUUAUUUAUGUAACAUUAUUGAUUUUUGAAUAUGGAAUAUGUGUUCCUUUUA